UUGAUGUGGUGUUGUAACCUUAUAUAGCCCACUGCUACAUAGAGGCAAUUUUAGGAAUAUUGCAUCCAUUUUCAUUCCACAAAUUGUAAGAACCUAUAAGGACGCUUGGUGGCGCUGCAGGAUAAGAAGGUACAAACCGGAACCAUAGGUGCGACUCCAAUACGGGAAAAUUUACCAGCAGAGGCUGGAAACCCAACCCAAGCUUGAAUGCCACAGAAAGGAGGACUGGAUCCUCUGAAAAGGACUCUAAAAAGAACUGGAAUAUUUCUCAGAUAUCUUGCGGAAUACCACAGCAUCAGAUACUCGCGACUUUACAGUUCAGCAGACAAUCUUGCAGUGGGCUGUACCAAACACAAUGGAGGCCAGCGGGAAACGCAUCUGCAGACAAAAGCAAGUCAUUUUCUUUUUCCUAUUGGGCUUAUUUCAGGAGGGAGCGGGAGAGCCUAGGCGCUAUUCUGUAGUGGAGGAAACUGAGGGCAACUCCUUUGUAACCAAUCUAGCAAAGGAUUUGAGUCUGGGACAAAGGGAAUUCUCCAGGAGGGGGGUUAGAAUCCUCUCCAAAGGGAAUAAGCUACAUUUGCAGCUCAAUCAGGAGACUGGGGAAUUGUUACUAAAUGAAAAACUGGACAGGGAGGAAUUGUGUGGGCACACAGAGCCCUGUGUGCUUCGUUUCCAGGUGAUGCUAGAGAGUCCUUUAGAAUUUUUUCAAGCUGAGCUACAAAUAAUAGACAUAAAUGACCACUCUCCGGAGUUCCUGGACAAAGAAAUGUUGCUGAAAGUAUCAGAGAGCAGUCCUUCUGGAACUACAUUUCCUCUGAAGAAUGCUCAGGACAUGGAUGUAGGCCAAAAUAAUAUUGAGAACUAUGUGAUCAGUCCCAAUCCCUAUUUUCGGGUCCUUACCCGAAAACGCAGCGAUGGCAGGAAAUAUCCGGAGCUAGUGCUGGAGAAAGCGCUGGAUCGAGAAGAGGAACCUGAGCUCAAAUUAACCCUGACAGCUCUGGAUGGCGGCUCUCCUCCGCUGUCUGGAACCACACAGGUCCUUAUUGAAGUGUUGGACAUCAACGAUAAUGCCCCUGAGUUUCAGCAGCCAAUCUACAAGGUGCAAAUUCCUGAGAACAGCCCGGUAGGUUCUCUGGUAGUCACUGUCUCCGCCACUGAUUUAGACGGUGGCGUCUAUGGAAAAAUAAUAUAUAUGCUCUUUCAGGCUUCAGAAGAUGUUAGCAAAACUUUGGAGCUAAAUCCUAUGACAGGAGAAAUUCGACUUAGAAAACAAGUAGAUUUUGAAACAGUCCCGUUUUAUGAAGUGGACAUCAAGGCUAUAGACGGAGGAGGUCUUUGGGGAAAAUGCACUCUUCUCCUGCAGGUAGUGGAUGUAAAUGAUAACCAUCCCGAAGUGUCCAUGUCUGCACUCACCAGUCCCAUCCCGGAGAACUCCCCGGAGAUGGUGGUUGCUGUUUUCAGAGUUUCAGAUCCUGACUCUGGGAACAAUGGAAAGACGAUUUGCUCCAUUCGGGAAGACAUGCCCUUUCUUCUAAAACCUUCAGGCAAGAACUUUUACACCUUGAAAACAAAGAGAGCACUAGACAGAGAAGAAAGAGAGGAAUACAACGUGACCAUCACUGUUACAGAUAUGGGGACACCCAGAUUGAAAACACAGCUUAACAUAACAGUGCAGGUAUCAGACAUCAACGACAACGCCCCUGCCUUCAGAGAAACCUCCUAUACGCUGUUAGUGCGCGAGAACAACCAGCCCGCCCUGCACAUAGGCAGUGUCAGCGCCACAGACAGAGACUCAGGCACCAAUGCCCAGAUCACCUACUCGCUGCUGCCAAACCAGGACCCAAACCUACCCCUCGCCUCGCUGGUCUCCAUCAACGGAGACAAUGGGCAGCUGUUCGCGCUGAGGGCGCUGGACUUCGAGGCCCUGCAGUCAUUCGAGUUCCACGUGGGCGCCACAGACCAAGGCGCGCCUGCGCUCAGCAGCCAGGCGCUGGUGCGAGUGGUGGUGCUGGACGACAAUGACAACUCGCCCUUCGUGCUGUACCCAAUGCAGAACGCCUCUGCGCCCUGCACCGAGCUGGUGCCCAGGGCGGCAGAGCAGGGCUACCUGGUCACCAAGGUGGUGGCGGUGGAUGGAGACUCGGGCCAGAACGCCUGGCUGUCAUACCAGCUGCUCAAGGCCACGGAGCCAGGGCUGUUUGGCGUGUGGGCUCACAAUGGCGAGGUGCGCACCUCCAGGCUGCUGAGCGAGCGCGACGCGGCCAGGCACAGGCUGGUGGUGCUGGUCAAGGACAAUGGCGAGCCUCCGCUGUCUGCCAGCGUCACGCUGCACGUGCUGCUAGUGGAUGGCUUCUCCCAGCCCUACCUGCCGCUCCCGGAAGUGGCGCCUGAGCGCGCCCAGGGGGACUCACUCACUGUCUAUUUGGUCAUUGCUUUGGCCUCUGUGUCAUCGCUCUUCCUCUUCUCUGUGCUAGUGUUCGUGGCGGUGAGGUUGUGCAGGAGGAGCAGGGCGGCAUCGCUAGGUGUGUGUUCUGUGCCUGAAGGCCACUUUCCGGGCCACCUGGUGGAUGUCGCCAGCACUGGCACUAUGUCCCAGAGUUACCAACAAGAGGUGUGUCUGAAGGGAGGUUCUGUGACCAGCGAGUUUAAGUUCUUGAAGCCAAUUAUCCCCAUCCUCCAGCCCCAGUGCCCUGAGAAAGAAAUAGAGGAAAAUUCUUUCUUCCACAAUACUUUUGGACUUAAUUAUUGAUAGAAAUCCAUUCAAUAAGGGAAAGACACUUACUCACCCACUCCCAGUGCUGGUAAAUCACCCUGCUUAGGCCUCUAAAGUAGCUGAGAUUACAAGCAUAUGCCAACAUGUCUUGUCAUAAACUGUUUAAUAUUGUCUUGUUGGUUAAAUUGUUUAUGUCCAUUAUCAUCAAUUUUUAGUACUAUUUAUUUUUCAGUUUAAUUCAUUAUCAACUUACUACAGUUUUUUCUUUAUGUUUACUCAAUUGUUUUCUCAUAGACUUUUUUCCUCAUAGACUAUUAAUGAGUUGGCUUUAUCUUCAAAGCUGACAGCAUUUUAAAAUUUUCUUUCACCCA